GAGCGGAUCGGCGAGAGCCAUGAGCGGCCGCAGCUGAGCGCCCCGCGGCUGCCCCGCUUUCCCGGCGGCACUCCCGCUUCUCCAGCAUGUCCUUCGCCAUGCUGCGCUCGGCCCCGGGGCGCUUCCUGUACCCCGAGAUCAGCGCGCUGUCCGAGGACGAGGAGAACAGCGAGAGCUCGGGCUCGGAGGAGAAGCCCUUCCACAUGGAGGGCGCCGCGUUCGGCAUGCCGGGCGGCAAGCGGCGCAGCGGCAAGAGCCGCGGGCGGCUGGCCCGGGAGCCGCGGCAGCGGCACACGGCGAACGCCCGCGAGCGGGACCGCACCAACUCGGUGAACACGGCGUUCACGGCGCUGCGCACGCUGAUCCCCACCGAGCCGGCCGACAGGAAGCUCUCCAAGAUCGAGACGCUGCGCCUCGCCUCCAGCUACAUCUCGCACCUGGGCAACGUGCUGCUGCUCGGCGAGGCCGGCGGCGGCGGCGGCGGCGGCGUUGGAGGGCAGCCGUGCCACGGGGCAGCGCCCGCCGCGCUCUGCCCCGCCGGCGCCGCGUCCCCGCCCGGCCGCGGCGGCGAGAGCGGGCAGCCGCGGCAGAUCUGCACCUUCUGCCUCAGCAACCAGCGCAAAAUGAGCAAAGACCGGGACAGGAAGACGGGACAGCUCCGGAGCUAGGCCGGGAAUUCCAGCCGGGAAUCCCAGCCGGAGCAGGGAAAGCCACACUGGCGGAUUCCCGGAUCCAGGGACGUUUUCCUGCCGGAUCCCGCGGGAAGAGCGGCACCGACAUUCCAGGGAUCCCACGGGACACAGAGGAUGUGCUGGAAUUCCGGGAUACCCAGGGAAUGCACCCACAGAGCCCCAGGGACGGCGGAGCCACUCUGGGAAUCCUUGGGAAUUCCUGCUCCGGGAUUCCGGAUCACAGAACACUUGGAUCUCUGGGAUCCGCUCUGGGAAUCCUCGGGAAUUCCUGCUCCAGGAUUCCGGAUCAUUGAACAUUUGGAUCUCUAGGAUCCGCUCUUGGAAUCCUCAGGAAUUCCUGCCCCGGGAUUCCAGAUCACAGAACACUUGGAUCUCUGGGAUCCACUCUGGGAAUCCUCGGGAAUUCCUGUCCUGGGAUUUCAGAUCACAGAACACUUGGAUCACUUGGAUCCACUUGGGAAUCCUUGGGAAUUCCUGGGAAUCCCUGCCCCAGGAUUCCUGCCUGUGGAACACUUGGAUUUCUCAUAUCUGCUCCAGGAAUUGCUGGGAAUCUCUGCCCUGGGAUUCCAGAUCAUGGAACACUUGGAUCACCCAGAUCUGCUCUGGGAAUUGCUGGGAAUCCCUGCCCCAGGAUUCCUGCUUGUGGAACAUUUGGAUCUCCUGGAGCUGCUCCAGGAAUUCUUGGAAAUCCUGACCUGAGAUUCCUGCUCAUGGAACAGUUGGAUCUCCCAGAUCCUCUUGGGAAUUCCUGGGAAUCCAUGUCCCGGGAUUCCCAAUCAUGGAACACUGGGAUCGCCCAGAUCCGCUCUGGAAGUCCUUGGGAAUCCCAGCCUUGGGAUCCAUGGAGGCUCACGGAACACGGCUCUCCUGGAGCUGCUUCCCACUCGAUCCUGGAACUGAUCCCUGAACUGAUCCCGGAAUUGAUCCCGGCACCAAUCCCUGUGCAUGGGGUGCAGGGGCUGCAUUUUUUUGGGAAUUAUCAAUCACAUGCUGGAAUUUCAUGUUGUUGA